CAGUCAUGAAUAAUGAAUUUGAUGAGUCUGUUCAAUUGGAAAUUGAGUCAAUUCUCGCAAUUUUUCCAAAAGAAGUUUUUAUUGAAUCAAAUUCUCGAAUUAUUGUAGAAUAUGAAAACAACGCUCAUUUGCACAUUCGUUUGCCUUUAGAUUAUCCAAAAAAUCCUCCUUUAUUCGAACUUUCAUCUCCAGCCUUAAGCAGCGAAAAUAGAAAAGAAUUGCUAACAAUUUUGAAUAAAUUCUGUUCAGAAAAUAAUGGGGAACAAAUACUUUAUUUUUUAAUUCAAUGUUUUAUGGAAUAUUUUUGUGAUCUUGGAGAAAAAGAAAAGGAAAAACAAAAAAUAAUUGAAAAAGAGGAGGGGAAUGAUUUAACAAUAAAUAUCCCUUUACCUUCUAAUUUUUAUUCUGGCAAAGCAAUAGAAGAUAGAAAAAGUGUUUUUCAAGGACACGUAACUAAAUUGGAUUCAAAAGACAAGGUCCCAAAAUUACUUGAAUCAUUAAAAACUGUUGGAAAAAUUGCUCGUGCUAGACACAAUCCAUAUGCUUGGCGUAUUGUUAAUGAUGCUAAACGAGCUAUUGAACAGCACGAUUGUGGUAAUUUAUUUAUGUUUAUUUUAAUAUUUUAUGAAUUGGGAAUUUUUUGGUUUUAA